AUGGACGAUCCGGAACAGGAAGCUAAAGAAGCCGAUGAUGAGCAGGUCUUGGUGAUCAAGGGCUCAUCCUACCCCCUCUCCCGAUUUUCAGCCAACUAUCUCAGCCACAUCAUCAAGAAGGAUGUUCCUGACAAACGUAUCUUUCUGAGGUCCCUGCCCAUUCCGCCGAUUGAGGUUCUGUAUCACGAACUGGGUUUUGGCAAAGAGCGCGCUCUCGAUGGGACGCUUUCUAGCCACGUUCACAGAAGUGCUUUCCGCAUGGUCUUGCAAAUAUUCAGAAAGGACAGAUUCACAGGCGACUCCCAAGUCCCGACUCAAAUUGCUGAUUGGCACUCGCCAACAUGCUUCUCAAAAUUUGAAGGUUUGGCUUCCGAGUUUCUCGACCGAUAUGGGAUACAAUUUUGGGGUAACGGGGACUCUAAGGAAGUCCGUAAUGGUAUGACCAUGGCUAAGCAUCAAGACCUCAUCCAUUUCCUAAUAGCCCAAAUUCUAUUUCGGUCUGUUGUGACGGGGAAGACUUACCGCAAGUCAAGCGUGACGACUUGUAACCCGGCGACGAAUCCCGGCUUACCAGAAAGCAACCUAAGCACAAGCCAGGAAAUGGUGCUUUCUCCGAGGAAGCUUACCCAGCGUCCCAGUGGUGACGUUUUUGGAGCUUCCAAGGUCCAAGAAGGGAGCCAACCUGCACCCCAGGAUACAACACUGGCCAUCUCUCCCCGCAAGCCCUCAACAGUUGCUGCCUCAGCCAACCCAAGCCCGCUCGCACGAAAACGCCCCCGACCAUCCAGCACCGAGGACAGACCAGACGAUCAUCGGCCUCGUGCUGCCUUUUGGUACCGCGUAGUCUACUCUCGAAGCCCUUACAGUGUCGAAAUCUGGAAGCCGCGCAAGAGUUUGCAUGAUAUGUCCCUGUCGGAGCUCAAGGCAGAUCUCCCUUCAGAAGUGGGAAGCUCGACUCGCAAGCUUGUUCUCCAUUUGACUGGCCCCGACUUGUGCUUGAAGAGUAGACUGGAUCUUACGGAUGAGGAGGCUUUUGCCUACGUGAAAGGACAGAUGAGGAUGUUGGUCGAGCCCAUCGUUGCGCAGUAUCAACAAAAAAACAAGAAUGCCGUUUUCGACGUUGAAAUUGAGGUCAUGUCAGACGAGUGA